AUGGCAGUAAACUUCACUGGAAAAUAUAAGCUUUGUAAAAGUGACAACUUCGAAGAGUAUAUGCUGAAGAUGGGUGUUAGUGAGAACGUCCGAAAAACGGCCGUGAUAAUGUCUCCAACGUGUGACAUUCAACAAUUUGGCGACAACUUCGUAAUUAGAAUGAAUGUGCCGGUGCUGGGAGUCCAUGAGCAGAAGUUCUCUGUUGGAAAACCUUUUAAUGAUAUUUCACCAACUUGCGAGAAAAGAGUUGUAAUCGUGAGAUGGAUGGGUGACAAGUUGGUAUUCGAAGACGUCGAUGAAAAUGAGAAUAAACCUCAUCGUGUCAUAAGAGAACUUAUGGAUAGCGGUGAUAUGAUUGUGAAAUGCAUAAAGGAUGAGGUUGUUUGUACGCGUAUUUUUAAAAGAAUUUGA